AUGAGACGGUUUGGCAGAGACGUUAAGGAAUCGGACAGAAAGCGCUUCGUAGAAUCUGAGUUCGAAUCUCGAGUAGAGCGAUUUAAAAUGAGACGGUUUGGCAGAGACGUUGGAGAGUCGGGCAGAAAGCGCUUCGUACAAUCUGAGUUCGAAUCUCGCGUAGAGCGAUUUAAAAUGAGACGGUUUGGCAGAGACGUUGGAGAGUCGGGCAGAAAGCGCUUCGUACAAUCUGAGUUCGAAUCUCGCGUAGAGCGAUUUAAAAUGAGCCGGUUUGGCAGAGAUGCUAGAGAGUCGGAGAGAAAGCGCUUCGUACAAUCUGAGUUCGAAUCACGAGUAGAGCGAUUUAAAAUGAGACGGUUUGGCAGAGACGUUAGAGAGUCGGACAGAAAGCGCUUCGUACAAUCUGAGUUCGAAUCUCGAGUAGAGCGAUUUAAAAUGAGACGGUUUGGCAGAGACGUUAGAGAGUCGGACAGAAAGCGCUUCGUACAAUCUGAGUUCGAAUCUCGAGUAGAGCGAUUUAAAAUGAGACGGUUUGGCAGAGACGUUAGAGAGUCGGACAGAAAGCGCUUCGUACAAUGA